ACUUGCUUUAAUGUUGAAUAAAACCUAAGGGGUUUAAUUCGAUGGGUGUGAUAGUCACGCGGAUAACGUUAUGUGGCCUAGCAACGCGUGUUAAUUCAACUGCGCCAUAAAGUCCAACAACUGAACCUGGUCUCCAACUUUACAUAUAUUUAUCGGGUCAGUGAGUAUUACACGCACAGCAUGUUAAUGCUGGAGUUGUACGUAAAUAAUUCUGGCAUGCAGCCACACAAUCGAUGAUAAAACUCGGAUGGGAUUAGGCUGUCUAUGGUUUUGUAGGCCAACGCAGCAGUAAUGUAGGGAGACAUCUGUUGAUAUAACGUGCAUUUCGAAACUAUGCUCCCUCUGUCCAGGAAAAAACGACAAUAAAGAUGGUUAAGAUCUUUGUUGGCAACCUAUCCUCAAGCACGACCGCGGAAGAUCUGCGUUCUCUUUUUUCCGAGUAUGGCAAAGUAAAAGAAUGUGACGUCCUGAAAAAUUAUGGCUUUGUGCACAUGGAAGGUAAACAGGAGGCUGAAGAGGCUAUCCGCAAACUCCACCAUCACGAGCUGAAAGGUCAAGCCAUAAAUGUGGAAAUGAGCAAAGGGAAACCCAGGGGCUCCACCAAGCUGCAUGUGAGCAACAUCUGCAGUGGUUGCACCAAUCAGGAGCUCCGGGCCAAGUUUGAAGAGUAUGGCCCUGUGGUUGAGUGUGACAUAGUGAAGGACUAUGCCUUUGUUCACAUGGAGCGAAUGGAGGAUGCCAUGGAGGCCAUCAGUGGGCUGGAAAACACAAGCUUCCAAGGCAAGCUGAUCAAAGUACAACUGUCCACGAGUCGCCUCCGUACAGCGCCUGGCAUGGGAGACCAAACUGGCUGUUACGUCUGCGGAGAACAGGGCCACUGGUCCAAAGAUUGCAGACGUGGCCAGAACGGUAGCUAUGGCGGAAGCAUGGGGGGAUUCCCCGGCGGUAGAGGCCCCCCAAGGGGCGGCCCGAGUUACGGUAUGGGUGGCCCUGGAGGUCUUCCUAAUAGAGGUUACCCAGCAGGGCCACUUCCCCCUCCCCCACCCAUGAGCCGGCGUCCCAGCUACGGCGAGUACGGCGCGGAUGCUCGAGAGCGGUACCCCAGCAGGCCACCGAGCGCCUAUCCGGAGAGGUCGUCCACAUAUGAGCGAGAACGCUACGGAAGCAUUGACUAUUACGAGAAGUAUCGGGCUCGUCCGGCUGGCUCUAGCUUCUACGAGGAUAGGCCUCUCUCUAUUCCCCCUCCUCCUCCCCCUCCCUCUUCUUCCUCUCUCUCAAGGAUGCGGUUGGCUCCUCCCAGCCUCGAUCCCUAUGAGAGGCGCCCACUGGCGCCUCCGCCUCCCACAGCAUCAGCGUACUUCUCGCGGGACCGGAGCCCAAUCAGACGUGUGGGCGCCGGUUCGGAAGGCUACUCGUACGAGCGCUCGCGACUUUCCCCGGUCUCAAGGAGCUCAUCGACUUACGCCGUGCCGCGGGCCAGGGAGAACUACACCGAGCGGGUUCGAUACGCAUACUAAGCCACACACAUGCUAAGGUUUUGUCAAGUGACGAGAGUUCCCCUCCACCAUUAUGACUUUGCCUCGAUCAGACGCUCCGUCGGAUUUCAAACAUGCAGGAUUGGAUAGACACAUCGAUCACAAUGCUAAUUAGCUCUGCACAAUGUUUUACCCAUAAUAUGUAAACUGUUGUUUAAUUUCCCCUUUCUAAUGGAGACUUUGGCGUAUGAUUGCAAAAAUUAGUAGUUGUGAUUUUUUUGGGUUUUUGCUUUGCUUUUCACUUGUAUCCAGAGGUAAAGUGGGGUGUUUCAUGUCAGCAUAUUUUUUUUAACUCGGAUAUUAAUUGCAAUUAAACACACUUUGUGAGAUUGUGAAGAAUUUUACUUGUUUUUUCCCCAGUCAAGUUGUGAUCCACUAUUAUUUAACUUUUUUUUUUAUGCUCCAAGACUUGUCUUCAGCUGUUGGGUUGGCUUGCCACUUCAUUUCUUUGAUUUAAGUUUUGUGUGGACAAUCUAGUUAUGUUUCUUCUUGGCGAUAAUCCCAGGAUUGUGUUUUUUUGGGGGGGAGUGGCAAAUUGUAAUUAAUCCUGCAGCUGCAAAAAGCUUUAUGGGAAAAUAAACUCUAAAAUUCAACAUUCCACUUUUCUUUUUAUUCUUAUUUGCUUCAGGUGAUUGUUCAGAAUUGAGUUUUACAUCUUGGUUGUUCAAUUGUGUUGUAUCAAAUGGGUAGGCCUAUGUUCAACAGGACAGACAACUUGUUACUCCUGCCAAUGUCUGUUGAGUUUUUGUGAUCUUGGAGAAAUGAUUUUACUGAACUUUUUUGAUUGUAUACUCCCCUGUUUGAUGUGUUAGUCUUUCAAAAAAAAAAAAAGAAGA